UCCUCUCCCCUCUUCCCCUUACCCCCUGGCUUGACGCAUCACCCAGCAGCUGUUGUCCACAAACAGACUGUUUAUCGCGACUUCGCCGUCUCGCCUUUCGCCAGCGUGCAGAGUUCCUGCUCGUCUCCGUGUCACUCUUCGCCAAACGUUCUCCAUGGCUGGGCUUGCUGCGGCGCAUCCUCGCCUCCCCUGAAAACUGCAUCCCCGUUGUAGGUUAAGGACGUGCAGUGAAGGCGAAGGCAACAACACAAUGGAAGUCUUCCGGUCGACUUUGAAAUGGGUCUACUUGUUGGUGCUCGCAUGGGGUCUGUCUGCGACGUUUGCACUGUCUCACGCCGAAGAUGCGACUCCUGAGCUUGUCAUGGUCAAUGUGCUCUUUCGACAUGGAGAUAGGACUCCAGUGAAUCCUUACCCUAUGGAUCCAUACCGCAAUUCGAGCUUUUGGUCAACGGGCUGGGGUCAGCUCACCACAGUUGGAAUGAAGCAGCAUUAUGAGCUGGGCCUUUGGCUAAGGCAACGAUACAUAUCAUUACUGAAGAAUGACUAUGCCAAAUCGGAUGUGUAUGUUCAGAGUACAGAUGUUGACCGAACAUUAAUGAGUGUUGAGAGCAACUUGGCUGGGCUUUUUCCUCCAAGAGGUUCAAGAAUGUUUGAACCUAAUCUCAAAUGGCAGCCUAUCCCAAUCCACACCAUUCCUGAACAUCUAGACCAUGUUUUAGCCAUGAAAAAGCCUUGCCCUCGCUAUGAUGCAGAAUUUGCACUAGCAAGAAAUCUGCCUGAGGUCAAGGAUUUGGAGAAACAGUACCAGGGUUUAUUCAAAUAUCUUUCUUUGCAUACUGGUUCUGAAGUGAAAACUAUUGAAAAUGCAGAAUACAUCCAUAGCACUCUUUUCAUUGAGACCUUGAAAAACUUGACUCUUCCAGAGUGGACAAAACCUGUAUAUCCAGAGCCAUUGAGAACAAUAGCUCAGUGGAGUUUUGCUCUGCCAGCUUAUACCCCUGAGUUGCGUCGGCUUAAAGGAGGGCCCCUUGUCAAAGAAUGGAUUGAUCAUUUUCAAAAGAAGAGAGCUGGCACUCUGGAACCAGAUCGGAAAAUGUACAUAUACUCCGCACAUGAUACAACUGUUGCAAACAUUCUCAGUACUCUUGGAAUCUUUGAACGCCAUUGCCCACCAUAUGCCUCAACAGUGUUGGCUGAGCUUUACAGACUGAAAAAUACCUACUAUGUUUCGAUUGUGUACAAAAACUCUUCAGAAGCUCGGACAUUAACAUUACCUGGUUGCUCAGAACUGUGUGAACUUGACAAAUUUGUGAGCCUCACCAAAUCAGUAAUUCCUGAAAAUUGGGAGAAAGAGUGCCACUACCACUUGUUGUUUUCAUCGGAAGACCUGAAUGACCUGUCCAUUUCUGCAUUGGCUACAUCAGGGAUUUUGUCUUUGAUUCUUCUAGUUGUAUUGAUAAUUGGAUUUGUGAGACAAAGGCAGCAGAUUAACGAUCCUUUCCGCUAUCAAACAGUUAGCACUAAUGCAGAUGCUUGAAAUUUUCAACCACCGUUGAGAUUGUUUGCUACCUAAUUUCAAUGUAUUUUGUGAUCUAGUCUCAUGGUGUUCUAAAUAAUUGAGUCUUGUUGCCAUUAUCUUUUCUGACUUUGACUUGUACUUAUGUUAAUUGAAGAUCUCAACUUCUUUCAUUUGGUUUUGCCUUGUUUCUGUAGGUCACAAAUGUGGAUAAUUGAUUUAUUACAAUCAAAUCUAUUCUGCUUUGAAAUGUCCAGUGCAAACAUUGCUUUUGUAUUGUAUGUGUUGCUGGUGAGAAGGUUUCAGAAGGGGGUGAUGUUUUGUACUUGGUGUUUUAAAUGAUAAGUUUUAAUAGUUUGGUAAUUUUGUCUUCAGUCACAAACUGCUCUUUUUAUGGGUGUUAAAAAUCUAUGAGAAUGCUCACUGCAUCUUUAGUGGAUGAGAGGACAUAGUCAUUUUUACUGUUUUAAUUUGAUCUCAAAUUGAAUACUAAAUGCAUUGUCCCUCUGUGCUAUUUAGGAAGUGGUGGGUUGCCACAAAAGCCAAAGUGAUAAAUGGUGUGUUAAGUAGUAGAGGGCAUUUACUUUGAUCUUUAAGUUUUGCUUUGUAAGCUGAUUUGUCAAUCUGCUAAUUGAAGUCUGUAUUAAAAAUUAUUUUUACUUGUGACUUGCCAAAUAAGCUUGUGAGUUACUUCAGUCUUGUGAAUUUUUAAAUAUCAGACCUUAUUCUUUCUAAUUUUUGAAGUAUUGUAGUUUGCUUUUGAUCAAUGUUAGAGUUUACCUUUUUAAUAUUGUCAUAUCAACUGUUUGUAAAGGAAAGAAAAUUUGAUUUUGUUGUAAUUGGGUGAUACAUGAUUGCAUCAGGACCGAGUUGUUGUUAGAUGAUUAGGGCAUUAUGAAGACUGAAAAAUAUGGCUUUUAUGUGCUGACUUGUCAAAAAUCUUUUAAUCAAUUUUGAUCUUUUAUUUUAAUAUUUGAAUCUGAAGGCUGUGAUUUGCAUUUUCCUUUUGUUGCCAUGUGUGUGUGUGUGUGUGUGUAAUUUUUUUUUUUUUUGUAGCCAAUGAAGUCUAGUUGCAGCACAGGCUUCCUUUUCUUUUCCCUCUCUCUGAGGGUUUUGUGGUUUCCGUUAAGAGGUCAGGAGUGUCUUGCAGUUUUACUAAGUGAUGUUUUCCAAUUGUGUUCAUUUUAUGCAUGUGGUUGGUUACACUGGCUUUUCUUGAGAGGAAAAUAAAUGUGCAUCAACCAAGAU